AUGGCAUCUGGAAUCGGGAACCCAAUAAGAACAUUCGGAAUCAAAACUGAGAUUAACAUUCGACCUAUUACCGUUUGUUCAACUGAUACUACAUCGGCUUCACUUCUACUUACCUUUCCUCAAGCUCGAUAUCUUUUCAAUUGUCCCGAAAACACCUCAAGGUCAUUUGCGCAAGCACGAAUACCAUGCAAAUAUCUAUCGGCUAUCUUUCUUGCUACUCCACGCGUCGAACAUUCUGCAGGACUUCAUGGAUUCUUAUUGGGUUUGGCCGAUCUUCAACGUGAAAAACUUGUUCGAAUCAUCGGUCCUCUUGGUACGCGAUAUAUGAUGGCUUGUGGUAGACUUUAUACUAGACGUGAGGGUAUGGCUGUCGAAGCAAUCGAGUUUGUGAAUCGGAAUAGGUUCGAGCAAGUUUUCAAGGACGAUCUCAUCACUGUCUAUGCAUUAGGAUCUGAAGCCAUCGCUUCCAAACGAGCUCUAGAAUGUUCGAACAAUUCUUCACCAGCUAACAAACGUCAAAAGGUUGCAGGUUCAGUCAACGUCGAUCCUGAGUCCAUAUGCUCUGAGACCCCGGAUGCACCAGUCGAAGGCACUGGUUGUACUACGCGGGACCCUUCUGCUUGGCUAGAUUCGGUCCUUCAAGACAUGUUCAGGCCAACAAUCACAGGUUCACGGAAGCCUAAACCGGAUACGAAAACAGGUCCUACUCCUGCCUAUUCCUAUGACAAACUAGAGGCUCCUACUAGCCCAAUCUCCUCAGAACCUUCAUCCUAUUUCAUCGUGGGACCCAAACAUCGCGGAAAGUUUCUACCGAACAAAGCCAAAGAGUUGGGGGUCAAACCUGGCCCCGAUUUCUCUAAAUUAGCAAAAGGAGAAGAUUUGGUGCUAAAGGAUGGAAGGAUCAUUGAAGGCAAGAUGUGUCUAGAAGGUGGAUCAGAUGGCUCGGCUUUUUAUAUUUCGAAUGUGGCCAACAAACAUCAAUUGAAUUCCACUGCUUUGCCUCAAUUGCAAGAAAUGCAAGACCUUGCUCAAGGGGCCGAGCUCACUACCAUCUUCCACUUUGUGGGCACAGAUGUCCUAUCGGAUGAACGGUAUGUUGCAUGGCUAUCUCAGUUCUCCGGCCAUACCAAGCACUAUCUCUCUUCUCCUUCUCACUCGCCAGAUCUCUUUUCAUUCGAGCCCUCCGUCCUCCUCCAGCUGAAGCUUAGUCUCGUCUCACCUACUCUAUUCCCAAUUCCAUAUCGAGAUUUAAAUCCAAAAAUACCUGUCCAUAUUCCUACCUUAUCCCACCUCGACCGAUUUCAAGUCAUUCCAAUCAAUGGCGAGUUUUCACCUGGACCUGAGCUAGUCAGGUUGGAUUAUGAUCUUAUUAAUAAUCCUAAAUCAACAUCCGAGUUGAUCAAAAGACUUGGGCUCGAAGAGGGUUUUCCGAAUAUAUUGGCCCGUAUUCGACAGACAGAGAUGGAAAAUCUAGAUCCUAAGCCAGAUAACAUUGCCGGCCGGAUCAUGGUCACCACAUUAGGAACUGGUAGUGCGAAUCCCUCAAAGUAUCGCAAUGUCAGCGGAACGUUACUACACAUUCCGUCUGAGGCAGAUGAAUCACAUUCCGGCUUUCACUACGCCUUGCUUGACUCAGGCGAGGGCACACUGGGACAGAUCAAGAGGAAUUUUGGAAGCCGAUGGGAAGAAGUGCUCAGAGACUUGAAAUUGAUCUUCAUAUCUCAUCUUCACGCCGAUCAUCACUCAGGUCUGGCUACGCUGUUGACCGCAAGGCACAAGCUAUCGGGGGUAUCACCAUUGGUUCUAGUCUCUCAAUAUGGAGUAAAUUUAUAUCUCAGAGAAAAGUCAUUGGUUGAACCAAUGGGCAUUGAGCAGGGAUUGGUCCAUUGGAUAGACGUCGAGAAACUGGUCGGGGCUCGUGCAUCAAAUCAAGAUCAAAAGGCCAAGUACGAAGAAUUCCUACCUAAAGGCAUGGAAAUCGAAACAGUUCGAGUGAUACAUUGGGGUAAAUGCUUUGGGUUAUGCCUUAGCAAUCGUAUUCAAGGUUGGAAGAUUGUAUUUUCGGGUGAUACUAAACGUUGUCCUGAACUUAUUGAGGCUGGAGUUGAUGCAGAUUUAUUAAUCCAUGAAGCUUCACUUGGAGUCGAUCAGAAAGAUCUGGCUGAUUUUAAAGGACAUUGUACAAUUGAUCAAGCUAUUGAAGUUGGAUUAGAGUCAGUCAAACCUUCGAAAGUUUCAUUUUCUUAUACUGGAAAAUUUGACAGGGCCUGA